AAUCAUGCUCUUCUUCUUCAUUUUCAUUUUGGUUGGGCUUCCAUCAUUCCCAUUGCUCACAUUUAGGCCAAUCCAGAAAACUUCUUCAUAAUGCAACAGGGUAUAGUUUAUGAUAUAGGUCCCAUUCUUCAUUCUUGGGCGCCCCAAUCGGUCUAAAAUUUUAUGAUUAUGGUGAUUAUUUGAUCUCCCUCUGAGGUUUUAGUUCCAAUCUGACUGCUCUGACCAGAAAGAACCGAAGAUUUUCCCAUUAAACAGAAUCUCCGUUACAAAGACUCGAUUGCUCUUACCUAAAGAAACUACCCGGGAAUCUCCAUUACAAAGAUUCUAUUGCUCACAAAUCUUUUUUGCCAAGAUGCUACUUUCUCACCAUCCAUCCAUUCCCAACUCUCCUUUGAAGUCAAGAUUUAAUCUUCUUUGCCUCAACACACAGCUUCCAGAGCUAUCCAUUCCCUACGCAGCAGCAUUCAAUAAUAAGCCUACUACAUCCUUCACCAUAAACCAAUAUCCCUCUAAGAAUCUCAAACCUCUCCUUUUAACUGCACAAUGUACACCCAGAAGUUUGGAUCUUCCUAUUGUUACUCUUGAUGAUGAGGAAAAUAAUGUUGAAACACUGAAGAAUCAGUCACCACAAGAAUCCCAACAAGAAGACAAAGGGAAGAGCUUCUGGGGUGCUGUUAGUUUAAUUAUUGGUACUGCAGUUGGGCCUGGAAUGCUGGGUUUACCAGCUGCAACAAUAAAAUCAGGUCCACUUCCAUCAACCAUUGCCAUUCUUCUUUCUUGGGUUUAUGUUAUUUCCUCCAUCAUUCUUGUGGCAGAGCUUAGUUUUGCAGCAAUGGAAGAAGAUGGGCUUGCAGAGGUGAGCUUUACUGGCCUUGCAACAAAGGCGUUAGGAAGUCAUUUUGGUGCUUUUGUUGCGAUCAUUUACGCCUCCCUUAGUUUUUCUUUGUUAGUGGCUUGUGUUUCAGGCAUUGGUUCAAUAGUGUGUCAAUGGUUUCCCUGGAUGAAUUUGGUAUUGGCUCACGCUUUGUUUCCUCUUGCCGUUGGGACUGUUAUUAUGUUCUUUCCGUUUAAGGUCAUUGAUGUUACAAACAGGCUUUUGUGCUUCCUCAUGCUUUUCUCCAUAACUGCAUUAGUAGCCAUUGGUUUAUCUGUGGCCAGAGCAAAUGUAAUAGGCUCCUUUGCUCAUGCCUCGUGGAGUCUGUCAUCAAUUUUGCCAGCUAUACCUGUUACUGUACUCACAUUAGGCUUCCAUGUCAUCACUCCUUUUAUUUGCAAGAUUGCUGGAAAUUCUAUAACUGAGGCUCGAAAAGCAGUACUUAUUGGAGGGGCUGUUCCAUUGAUUAUGGUUCUAUCAUGGAAUUUGAUUGUUUUAGGGCUCGCUGGAACUACCUCAGUUACCUCACCAAAAGACCCUAUAUCCCUCUUACUUUCUGUGAAUCCUUCUGCUUUAUCUGCAGUUCAAGGCUUUGCCUUCUCUGCUUUGGCAACUAGCCUGAUAGGAUAUGCUGUAAGCUUUCCAAAGCAACUCCUUGAUACCUUGGAAUUGAUUUUAGGGAUAACAAGUUUAGAAAAGCAAAACCAUUAUCAGUCUCAGUUGGUCUCUAAUGGUGAUGGCUCUGGGAGAGUUGGUUUUGUGAUCUAUUCAGAUCAGAAGGAUCGUGGAAAUUUUGGGAAAGUUUCAUUUGGAUCAAAUAGUGUUGCUGCCUCAGAAGAUGAACAGCUGUUAAGAAUGACUGAGCUUAAAUCAUUUGAAAUGUUUGUAAUGCCACUAGUGCUUUGUGCUCCAGUUCUUAUAGCUUCCUUUUUCCCUUCAACCUUUUCAAGAGCCCUUGAUUUUGCUGGGGUUUUUGCAAACUGCUUCCUGUUUGGCAUCCUUCCUCCAGCAAUGGCAUACAUACAGCAGUCAAGGAAGAAGCUCAGGUUGUCUAUCCUCCUGGGAGGAGAUGCUACACUUGCACUACUCUUUGGCAUUGCAGUCAUUUUGGGGAUUUGGCAUUAGAUGGCUAGCAGGUAGAUCUAACAGAAAAACAUUGUCUUCCCUGACCGAGACAAAAAUAUCUUCUAUAUAGUCAAGAUCGAUUGAUCAGCUCUAUAUAGCAAUAUUUUUUUUUAUUAAACUACAAACAAUGAGUAGAAAUCAUAUAUCUGCCAC